GGCUCAUUGGAUGCCAGGCUGAAGGGCUUUGCCUCUCACUGAAGAUGCCCAUGGUGUUUCUGUGAAGCUAAGGUAUGGCUGCCGGAAGGUUAUUGCUCUAUGCUGGUCUCUCCUUAGCGUUGUGUGCUCUCGGCAUGCUGGCGGUGGCCAUCUGCUCGGACCAUUGGUACGAAACGGACGCCAGGAAGCACAGGGAACGGUGCAAAAGCUUCACCACCAGGAGGAACGACCCUGGUUUCAUUUAUAACUCGAACAAUAACCUGCCCCUCAGGGCCAGCAGGUCUCGGCUGGACCGCUGGGAAGGGAAACUUCUCUUGGCAAGAAACAGGAGGCAGCUUUUUGCCAUGAGUGCAGUGGAUGAGUGCAACAGACAGUACAACUCAACUAACAUGGGGCUCUGGAGGAAAUGCCACCGUCUGGGGUUUGACCAGGACCUGGAAGAACUCAUUGCAAAAGGAGCAAUUGACCAGUGUUCAUACAUCAAGUACCACUACUCCUCAGCAACUAUUCCCAAGAACCUCACCUACAAUAUUACCAAGACCAUCCGCCAGGAUGAGUGGCAUGCCCUGCACUUGCGCAGAAUGACAGCUGGUUUCAUGGGCAUGGCUGUUGCCAUCAUCCUCUUUGGAUGGAUUAUUGGGGUGCUGGGCUGCUGCUGGGAUCGAGGCCUUAUGCAGUAUGUGGCAGGACUUCUCUUCCUCAUGGGAGGAACCUUCUGCAUCAUUUCACUGUGCACAUGCGUGGCUGGAAUCAACUUCGAGCUCUCCCGAUACCCCCGCUACCUGUACGGACUUCCCGACGACAUCAGCCAUGGCUAUGGCUGGUCGAUGUUUUGUGCUUGGGGGGGCCUGGGUCUCACCCUGAUCUCCGGCUUCUUCUGCACCUUGGCCCCUUCCGUCCAACCUGUCCCCAGGACCAACUGCCCCAAAUCGAGACCUGAGAAUGGGACAGUGUGCUAAAACAGACACAAAACAGAUCUCUAAAUAUACAUAUAUAAAUAUAUAUAUAUACAUAAACAAAUAUUAUAUAUAGAUCUCAAACGGAUGCCAUUGCCAAGGCAGAGGGGAGUCCACUAUGGCGCCUAUAACUCCGCAGACUUUAUGUCGCUCUCGCUCUUUCUCCUGAAGGUGGGAAUAGCUUUUCUGCAACAUCGCUCUUCCAUCUAGUUCUUAAAAAAAAAAAAAAAUCUUCAGCAUCCCGAUUCAAAGGUCAAGUGAACGUAUUGUUGCAUCUGUCUAC